AUGAAGUUUUCUCCCGCAGUCCUCGCCGCACUGCCCUUGGCCGCUGCGGCACCUCAGCAAGCCGAGCGCGUCAACGGGGUUCGCAAGCGUGCCGACCUCCCAUACUACCUGGAGUUCCACUACACGGGCGAUUUUAUCAAGGUCGGGGACGCAGAUCUUUUCGGUGCCAUCUGGCAGAAGGGCUACGGCAGUGGUGAUGCCACUGGUAUCGAGACGGACGAUUCGUACGACGUGUUCGGUUCCAAACUACGCUGUGUUAGCGACGACAAGCCAGACCUACAAGUUGGCGUAAAGCUGAAGGGCGACUGGGGUUUUGUGGAGGAAGUUCCCGGCAUCCAGGUUCGCAACCAGCUCGUCAAGUCGAUGUGGGAAAUGGUCCAGAAAAUCCAAGAGGAGGACGAUUUGGUGUACAAAAAAUGCCGCGGCUGCGGCCUUGGGGGCUGCUCUGACGAUCCUAAGGCGCUAUGUGGCGCUUUCCGCGAUGAUAUGUGUGACUGCAACAAGAAUGUUGGCGGUGGCAACGAGGCUGAUUUCCUCUGCUAUGACAAGAGCACCACCUACAAGGUUCCAACUGAGAUGACCCUCACGUUGUACAAUCGAGAUGGCAGCUUGCGCGCCGACAGCCUCGGAGUCAGCAUCACCAGCGCCGAGAUUGCGCAGCCAGCACUACAGUGCGGAAAACUUGGUGCUGCUACGGAAGUCAUUAUCGGCAUUAUUCCAGAGUUCGGCAAGUAUAUUGGAGACCAGCUCAAGAUUGCUUGCAGAAACUAG